CUCCCGGCUGGGUAGCGCGGGGCAGAUGGUGCUCCCGCUAGCCGGGCAGAGCAAGGGUGUCCCCCGCGGAGGUGGCAGCCCUGGGGCGUUCCGGCACCCCCGCACCGCCGGCGCGGUGCCCCAGGUGCCCGCGAGCGCCGCCCCCGCUGGCUGGCAGCGCCUCGCUCCGCCCUGGACGCGGCGGGUCCUGGCGCGGAGGUGCGGCGGGGGGUGGGAGCCGGCCCGGCUCAGCCUGAUUUACGGCUCUGCUGAAAACCGCUUCGCUCCCGCAGCAUCGGCACCGGCGGCGGCGGCGGCUGCAGUAGCAGCAACAAGUCGGGACUUUUAGAGUAAUGCAACAGAAGGCUUUUGAGGAAAGCAGAUAUCCCUGGCAGGAGUCCUUUGAGAAUGUUGCUGUGUGCCUGCCAUUCCGCUGCCCGAGGUGUGGAGACCAUACCAGAUUUAGAAGCUUGUCAUCCUUGAGGGCCCAUCUGGAGUUCAGUCACAGCUACGAAGAAAGAACCCUCUUGACAAAAUGCAGUCUCUUUCCAUCCCUCAAAGACACAGACCUAGUCACUUCCUCAGAACUCCUGAGACCGGGAAAGUUGCAGAGCAGUGGCAACGUGGUAAAGCAGAAACCGAGCUAUGUUAACUUGUACAGCAUUUCACAUGAACAUUCCAAGGACAGGAAGCCAUUUGAGGUGGUGGCAGAGAGGCCUGUGUCCUAUGUGCACACCUACACUGCCAUGGACCUCCGUGCAGACUCGCUGGAUGGGCCACGGUCGGGUCCUGGACUGCCCACCUCAGACACCAAAGCUUCUUUCGAGGCACAUGUCAGAGAAAAGUUCAAUCAGAUGGUUGAGGCUGUGGAUAGGACCAUUGAGAAGAGAAUCGAUAAACUCACCAAAGAGUUGGCCCAGAAAACUGCGGAACUGUUGGAAGUUCGGGCAGCUUUUGUGCAGCUGACUCAGAAAAAGCAGGAAGUUCAGAGACGAGAGCGGGCCCUGAACAGACAGGUGGACGUGGCGGUGGAAAUGAUAGCAGCAUUGAGGCAACGCCUGACGGAAUCUGAGGAGGAGCUUCUUAGGAAAGAAGAAGAAGUUGUCACAUUCAACCAUUUCCUGGAAGCGGCAGCUGAGAAGGAGGUUCAAGGGAAAGCCCGGCUCCAGGACUUUAUUGAGAAUCUGUUACAGCGGGUAGAACUGGCAGAGAAGCAACUGGAGUACUAUCAGAGCCAGCAGGCCUCCGGCUUCCGCCGUGACCUCAGCGGACACGUGCUUACAGACAUCUCCUCAAAUAGGAAACCCAAAUGCCUAAGCCGAGGGCACCCGCAUUCCGUGUGUAACCACCCUGAUCUCAAGGCCCAUUUUCAUCCAAAGGGAAGGAACUACCUGAAAAAGGCCAAGGAUGACAGAGCCAGCAUGCAGCCUGCCAAGGCCAUUCACGAACAGGCUGAGUCCUCAAGAGACCUCUGCAGACCUCCAAAGAAAGGGGAGCUCCUGGGGUUUGGCCGCAAAGGCAACAUCAGGCCCAAAAUGGCUAAAAAAAAGCCAACAGCCAUUGUGAACAUCAUCUAAAAGGGUGGGUGUUGCUGGACCAAUUAUCGCUGGGCUUUGGGAAAUGUUCUUCCAGGGGCCAGCAGUAAUGUCUUUCUGGAAACAUUCCAUAGUAAGACACAUUGGAAGAGCCAAGGGCAUAACACAGGCAAGCACCUCGAUUAACCAGAGCUUAGCAAAUGGGAAUCUUAGUGAACCAGAAUUGUAUGAUGACCCCCUUUUAGAAGCUUGCAAAUUACAGACAUAAUAAAAACAUUAAAUCAGUCUUAAAGCCCUAACCUCUAAAGUAACUGAUCCAGUCUCCAGCAAUCUUGGCCUCUGGGCUUCUAUGCAGUGGCCAUUAAUUUUCAGGCCCAAGGCCACAUGGUAUGUCAGGCCUAGGGGGAAAAGUCAUCUGUGCCCACUGCUCUCCAAAGUGUGAGGCAAGGAAUGGGAGUGUAAAGUUCUGUUCAUAGCAGUAAAAUGAAGAUAGUUGUGUUUGAGUAUAACCUUCCCCUCAGUUAAUUUGAAAGCCUCCAAAAUAAGGAUUCCCAUUCCCUGAGUAUUCUGGUUAAUCAAGAUUUCAAUUUCUGGGUUGCUCCAGGGACUCAUUCAGUCAGACUUCAGUUCUCAUUUCGACAGAGUGUCUUUCUGUUUGUUUGAUUGAGGUUUUUUGGUGGCCUAGAUGCGUGUUUAUUCAGAUUUUGGUACCUCUGCCGUCUUCUUUGGCUGAGUAUUCUGCACCUGCAGACCACGCUGCCAGCCUCUAUCUUAAUAGCUGCUUCUGUGGAUAUGGCUGGGGAGCCCAGUAAAAACCUCUUUUGAUCUGCUCCCAGUGUGGGCUCGGUGUCUAGGUGGUUGGAAUGACAGUGGACUGCAUGCUCGGUGCAUCGUGACCAUCCUGGAAGCACUGCAGGUGUCGCCAAGCCCUUUCCUAAGAUCUGCUUCCCAGACAGUGUCAGUGGCCCUCUCUCUGUCUAUUGUGGGCAUGACUUUCUCUUCGCUGGCUUAACUUUUCCACUGAGUGGUUCACUUGGCCUCCUGCUGCUUCUGUGCCCUGUUAAGGCUUCAGGUAUCUUUCAACCAAGUAUCUGAAAUGUUCACUGUAUGUUGCAUUCUAAAGUAAUUUCUGAAAUAAACAAUGCAUGUAGGAGCCAGAAUCUGACACUGUCUUCCCCUCCUUCCCUCCCAAAAAUGGCUUUUUUUUUUCCCACAAAGAGCUAUCUGUUAAAAGUUUCCUGCUGUAUGAUUUUCUUCAAGAAUGAAUUUCCAUGUUAUUUUUUCCUUAAAUUUAGCAAUAUCAUCAGGUUUCAUGCAGAGUUUACAAGUGCUGACAUUCUUCUGAAAACAGGAAUAAUUUUGUCCACAAAUAUAUACAUAUAUACAUAUAUAUAAAACACAUACAAAAUAUGUAUGUUAAGUAUAUUAAUAAUUUAUUUUUAAAUACCCAUGGAGAAAGUGUGUGUUUGUGGUGGGUGGUUUUUAAACUAGAUAUGUUUGUUCAUGUAAACUGAAUUAUCUUAUUUAAAAAAAAACUGUUACCUAAUUAACAUUGGCAGAAUUAUGAUUGUUAUUGCAAUAAGCAUCAAAUUAGCAGUGCAUUAAAAAUAGGUAAUAAAGCAGUUACUUAAAAUGCCAGUAACUUAUUAUACAAACAUUUUGAACCUACUAUAGUGAAAAUGUUCAUUUUUGAAUCUUCACUUUGACUUUUGGCUUAUGGGGGUGGAUCAUUCAUGUGAUAUAUAGGCAGCUAUCAAGUGGUGAGAAACAUUGCUGUGAAUAUCACUGUUUAGGCUAAUAUUGUAAAAAUGGUAAUGUUAUAAUUAUUAUUAAUUUGGAGAAUUAACUUCUUCUUCUAAAGUUAUUUAUUAUUGAUGCUUAUACCAUGAUUGCACUUUAGCCUUUUGCAUACUAAAAACAUGACUUGUUAGUUCUAUUGCAUGAUCUUUGUUCCGUAAUGUGUGUGCAAUGACAACUUGUUUCUGUUUUAUUUAAAGUAACUGACAUUUUGGAUUUUCAUCUAACAUACCUAGAGGGCAUGGCAACUCUCUUUGACAGUGGUACCCCAUGAUCUUCAGAAAGUACCAUAAUGUCAUCCUACUCUAUAUUUCACAAGACAAAUUAUUUUGAGAUUUGUUUAUUAUAUUAAAAUUUUUUUAAGUUUCCACUAAAUUUUGACCGCCAUAUAAAAAAAUGUGUUAUGUGUGUUGUGCUUCCUUAGAGACAUAAAUUUAGUGUCAAAACAUGGGAGAUGGCUUACUCUGAAGCAUAUUCCACUUAACACACCAUGGCCUGAGCUAUGUGCCAUGACCCGUUUGUGUCUUAUUUUUAAAUAUUUUCUUUGUCCUCAUGGGCGGUUGACCUUAGAGGUAAGGCAGUUGCUUUUUUGAAGAAAUCACCAAAGUUUCUGGGAAACUAUGUUCAAGGUUAAACUGGAGAAUAGAUUUAAUUUUAUUUGUUUUGUAGGGAAGAAAUCUUCCUUUGAACUGUUUUUCUUGCUUUUUCCCUUUUUCUCAAACUAGGUUACAGAUUGUUAUCUGCAAGUCUCAAGUUGCUUAGACAGUUUUCCAGUAUUCUGCAGGGCCAGUCAGUUGUACAGAAGUUGGAAAAUUCUGUUCCCAGAAUUAAAGAAGUUUUUAGAUUAUGAAAUAUUAUGAUAAUAAAGCUAUAUUUCUGACUAA